CAUCGGUUACUGUUGCUCGUGGUUGCCAACAGGAAAAACAGCGCGAGAUAGAGAAGACGAAGGAAACUGAGAUAGAGACAUCCGGUUUGUUCGUUGGUGUGAUCACACAGUGGGAGCACAUCCGCCGACUGACACUGGUGCUCCGUGCGUGUGCUGCUCGAAGACAUGCUGCUGUGCUAGUUGAAGUGCAAAAAGGUUUUUAAUAGAAAGCAUAUCGCGUUUUUUUACAUUUGUCACUUUGUCGCAGGGAGCAAAUCAGGAAGUUCCGGUGCCAUAAAUAGCGAUCCCUGUCAAGCGAAAGUGCCAACGAUCGGCGAUCGAAAGUAUUUCCUGGUGCACCGGGUGAAAUAAAUGAGCCAAAAUGAAUAAAAUGUUCGUGGGAAGACUGUUGAUCUGCCUGUUGAUCAUGUUUGUGGCCAGUGUCCACAGUGCCAGCAGUUAUUUCUACGACUCGGAGGAACGCUAUCCCAAUCUACUGGACGAUGAAGCUGACAAUACGGAAAAAAGUUCAUCAGAUGAUAGUUUACUUGACAACAUCCUGCAACAAGGUGCAUCCAAACGCUCUUCGUUGAUCCAGGUUUACCGUCGGGCGUGCAUCCGGCGCGGUGGAAAUUGUGACCAUCGGCCAAAUGACUGCUGCUACAACAGUUCCUGCCGGUGCAAUCUGUGGGGCUCGAAUUGUCGAUGCCAACGGAUGGGCCUGUUCCAAAAGUGGGGAUAAACGGUAUGUGGGAGGUCCUGGAUAGAACUUCUGGCCCCGUUGUUGGUCCUUCCGGUAGUAGAACUGCUGCUGCUACACCAAGGACUAGCAAUGCCGGCCAGUGGUGAUGGCGAUAACAAAACUGCUUCCGCACAAUGGCUCACGAUUUACGGUUUUACGAAGGGAUUUUCGAUCGAUUCGACGAGUAGCGAGGAAAAAAUGGCAAAGACUUACAUGCGGCAAACUGAAAUACACAAAAACAUCCACACACAGGUUUAUGACUAACUAAUUUAUGAUGAAAUCUGGUUCAUGCGCUUUUAAACUAAAAUCAAACCGGAAACGAAUUCAUGGAACGAGUUAUGUACUUCAAUGUUGACGGCAGCAGAGAUGGGAGUAGACUUAGCGAGCAGGUUAUUUGAAAUGAAUACAAGUUUUUACAAAUGCAAAAAUAAUGAUAAUGAUAAUAAUGAUAAUGAUAUGAAGGAUAAUAAUUAUAUACAGAGAGAAAAUAUUGUCUGCGUUAUUCAGAUUUAUUGUUUUACUGUUAGUAGAAUCAUGAGUUAAGCGAAAAUGUAGUGCAGGCCGAGGAGAAAUCAUUCCCCUAAACCGUUAACCUAGAGCAGCUAUAACAGAAGAAUGAACUUCAAACUACAAAGAAAUUUUAAAAAAAAUCAGUACUAUGAACCGGUAAUCAAUUAUAUACUUACAAAUAAGAACCCACGACGUUGAGAAGCUAAGCGCAUCAACUUUGUGAAAAAGAUGUUUAUUGUUAAUUUCCUAUGUCCAGUGGAUUUUGAUACGACUAAUUUAUUCGCUGUUUGUGUAAUGGAAACAGAUGAGUAAAACUAAACUAUUAAACACACAAAAAAAAAACAAGUAACAAAGUUAUGUUAUGAAGAAAACGGAAACAGUCUUAGUUCUAGGCGUAACUAGUGGUUAAAGGAAAAGUGAUCGGAGUGCGGUUCCCUUCGGUGCACCGGACAGUCCAUCGUCCGGCAAAAAAAAGCAAAACCAAACCGUUUCCCAGCCUCUUAAAACGAAAGCGUUAGAGUACCGACAUUGGGAAAAGUUCUCUGAAGCACUUUUCCUGUAUAUUUACUUAUAAAAAUUAAACAAACAUAAAUACAAAUAAGCUUGAGCACAUUUAUCAGACUUCCUCUCCGAUGUUCUUAUACAUGUGUGUAGUUAUAGGAUUUAUCUCCCAUUUUCCAGCAACUCUGUAAUCACCCACUUCUAUUCGUUUUAGUAAACCAUGUACAGUAAAAAAAAGCAAAAAACCAUCAAGAGCUUAGUAUGUAUCAUUAUGUUGAACCCACCGAACCAAACCGAUGUUGACAUUUCGACAGACCUUAGUCUUAUUUUCUUCUUCUGCCAAACUCUGUCUCUCGGCUAGGAAGACGACAAUCCCCACUCGGAUGCUGCUGCUUCAUUUACUUUUCGGUUGGUCGCAUGCCGGCUUUCAUUUUCCAUCCCCAACAAGUCCGGUUCCGUUUUGUAGGCCCAAAAUGGGAGAGAGAAAAAAACCGGGAUUCCUCCCCCGACGAAAGCAUGACAUCAAGGAUCUCGACUCGCGACCUUCCAGAUAGUCAUAAAUCACUAGCCGGCACGUCAUCAUCGGUCAUGUCUCGAUUGUCACAGCUAUUACUUUCAUCGUUUGCCAAACUCAGUCCCCAGCCAGUUCCGGCAUUUGGCAAUUAUGAGCUAAAUAUGUCCUGUCUCUCCCCAUGAGCCACUCGGCAUCCCCUUCGAAUAGCUCCUUCCACUGGGAGCAAACUUCGCUGCGGGGGCUGACGACGACGACGGCGACGACGGCAACGGUGACGGAACAAACUUUUCACUGUCACUCUGCUAAUAGGACCGGAACACAAAUUACAGAUGAAUACUUAUUGAAAACUUUGUUUCUACAAUGCCUUGUUGACUCCUACUCCUAUUCGGUUUCGUUAAGGUUCGUCAAGUUACAGUCUCUUGUCUAAUUUCCAACCUGUUGCGUUUGCCAAUAUUUCAGCAUGAUUCUGGUGGUGGUGGUCGCCGAAGCGUUUUGCUUUUGCAGUUUCUGUACUGGUUGUAUGAUCUCUAAUCAUUAUAUUGCAGUUAACAGCCGCCCUUUGUAAAUGUGUAUAAAGUGUAAAGAUUACCUAAAACAACCGAGAAGAAAAAGAAAAACAAACACGCAAAGGAAGAGACAACAAAAUUAAGUGAAAUAAAUGAAAUUAUAGUAAAAAUAAAACUAGAAGCAACUGGCUCGCGUCUGGUUUUAAUUUCUCA